CCACCCCAGCUAAAUGCAGAGAGAAGAAGCCACUCAGCAGACUACAUCUGCACAUGGGAAGGAGUCCAAGGAGAGGACCUCAUAGACAGGCUGGGUAGGUAGGAGAAUAGUGAGUUAAGGGUGGCCAGUGACACAGGUAGGUGAGCACACAGAGGAGUUAGGGACCCCUGGCACAUUAAGGGUGACAACAGAAGAGGAAGCAGUGAGGGGUUAAGGUUGGCACAUGUAGGUAUUGAUGCAGAGGGCAGCAGUGAGGGGUUAAGGUUGGCACAGGUAGGUGUUCCUACAGAGGGAGCAGCAGUGAGGGGUUAAGGGUGGCACAGGUAGGUGUUCCUACAGAGGGGGCAGCAGUCAAGGGUUAAGGUUGGCACAGGUAGGUGUUCCUACAGAGGGGGCAGCAGUGAGGGGUUAAGGGUGGCACAGGUAGGUGUUCCUACAGAGGGGGCAGCAGUGAGGGGUUAAGGGUGGCACAGAUAGGUGUUCCUACAGAGUGGACAGAUGUAAGGGUUAAGGUAGAAGGUAGGUGUUCCUACAGAGGGGGACGCAGUGAGGGGUUAAUGGUGGCACAGGUAGGUGUUGAUACAGAGGGGACAGCUGUGAGGGGUUAAGGUAGGUGUUGAUACAGAGGGGACAGCUGUGAGGGGUUAAGGUAGGUGUUUAUACAGAGGGGACAGGAGUGAGGGAUCCCUCUUAUUGAUCACAGAGAAGAAUGAGGACUAGCUCUCCAUCUUAGCUCUAAUCAGUGAAUUUGGGGGAGAAUACUUUUUGGAGAUCCCUUCUAUCUGCUCCCCUCCCCUCAUCAAUACAGAAUGGCUUUGGGAGUGGGAUCCCCCUGGGACCGAGAGCUGUCCCCCCACAGAGGUGGACUUCAGUGGCACUCUGGGCUUAUGAUCCUACUGCUGGGUAAGUGCGUUGAACAGCUAAGUGCUUUCCUUCUUCUGUGAUAAGACCUGUGCUAUUAUUGCCAGGCACAGGCUAACCAGGGCUCAGCCAACAUGAAGCCUGGCAGGCAUGAUGGGACAUGUAGUCCUGAACCCUGUGGAGUGCCAAGUUUAGCUGUGACACUGAUCUAUGGCAGAGUUGGGGAUGUCUGUCUAUGUGUGCAGUCUGCAUGCAAUAUGUAUGCUGUCACCUUGUUCAAGCCUUUAGGAUGUCAGUGAGCAAGAUAAGAGCACUAAAGUAAUCUCUGCUGUGACUACAUCCAUUUAUCUCUGCCCCCUUCCCAUCUCAGAAUCUGCUUUGUGCAUCUAAAUUUAACUAAAAUGACAAUGUACACCCCCCCACCCCCCACCAACACUCACACUUACUAAAUGUCAGACAGACUGCAGAGGUACUGCAGGCAUUCAGAGACAGUGAGGGUAUAUUAAGGGUUAAUAAAAUCACAUUAUUUUCCAGCCUUGACACUCCUCACUGCAUCUCCUCUGUAUGAUUGUGUACAGUAUCCUGGGGACCACCUGCACAUAAUCCAGCCUCUGUUAGUGACUCAGCACUCAACAUCCAUUAGAAUAACAGCCUUACUGAGUCAGCAAUGAAAGAAGGCCAUUCUAUAAUGACUUGGGUGUUUUAUCACUGUGUUACCUUGCCAAUAUCAGAUCACCUUGAGGAUACACUCAGAGUGUAGAUGCCCUGUGUGUUUAGCAUUGCAGCAAGCGGAUAGAAUGAUAUUGAAAUCUACAAUCUCGCUCUACUUUUCAUACAGUGUUAGCUGGCUAGUAACCCAAAGCCUUUUUUAGGCUCCCAGUGGAAGGGAUUAUUGAUUUUUUUUUCUCCUGAAUAUCCAAUAAGACCUAUGAUCACAUACCGAGCCACUUACAUCUUAUUUCUUCAUAGGUAACAGAUCACUUUUCAUAAAAAUGAAUCUAUAAAAAUGUGUUUUUCACGGUCUGUCUGAUAACACUGUCAGGGGUUAAGUUGUCCCAGACUUGUGGGAUCUUAAUGAUAUUUAAGUAUUGCACUUCCAAAUAUAGACACUCAGGUGCGCAAAAUGGAGUUAUAUAUAUUUCAUGUCUUUUAUGGACUUCGCAAAGCCAUUUAUACUGUUGUAAAUUGUACCAAUAAAAUAAACACCCUUUUCUUUUAAACCCAUCAUGCAUGCCAUUAACUACCUCUACACAGAAGCAAUGUCUUUACCGGUCCAAUGGUUAAAGAGUUACUCCAGGCGCCAUUACCACUUCAGUGAUUUGAAGUGGUCCUGUUGCCAGGAGUCUGCAUGUGCAAUGUUUCGCUAUGGAUAUUAUGUCUGUAUGUGCAUAUUAUAGAUAUUAUGUCUGUAUGUGCAGUGUUUUGCAAUUAAUACUGCGAAUACGGAGAGUAAUCCCUCUGCUAGAGAUAUAACUCCAUCUCCCAUAAGCGACACUGAAGUGUUAUCAACUAGCCUGAUUAUAGAAUUCCGUCCGGGCUGACUAAUGUAAAUUCUGUGCAUAUUGCUAUUGGCUGCUCAUUGGCUUAGAGUGGUCAGCUGACACUCUCAGCCAAUCAAUCCCCAGCACAAAUCAGAAUCUAGCUCUGCAGAAGCUGGAUACAUGUCUCAUCCAGCCUUAAAGGAGUCCAAUCAGGUAAGACGUCAAAUAGUUGCAAAAACGAGAACUGAUGACAGAUUACUCCUACCACCAUAACCACUAAGAUGGGCUGUACUGGUGAUGGUGCUUUGAGAAAGACCUGAAAUAAAAAUAACAAUUUCCCUUAAAUUUGAAGUUUAUGCAAUGCCGAAUCCUAAUAAAUGCUAAUAUUUCUAAUAAACUCACUUUAUCAGCAUCUUUUUCUUUUUUUUGGGGGUGGAGGGAGGUGAGGUGGAGCAGGUUAAUGCAAUAGAGUUCUGUGCUACAGCCACCUGACGUGUAAAUCCAGCCCCGAGUGUCAGUGUUUAUGCAUAUCACGACUUUCUCCUCCUGGAAAAUGUUCUUCGGAGAGCCUUGAUUAGUGGAUCACUAAAGAAAACACACAGUACAGUGCAUUACUUGGAGAAAGGCUGUGGUCCUUUUAUUUUAAUUCACUCACAGAACCCAUAACUGUAAAAAUGAAAGGUAUUCUGCCAAUAUAUUUACUGUCCACCUGCAGUCUUCCUGUGGCUCCCCUCAAACUAUCAAUAAUAUUCAUGUCGUGCUAGUCCUGCAGGCUAUUCAUUCACAGCGCCGUCAACUUAGCGGUUCCAAGAGGACAGUCACCAGAAAUUGCCUCUUCUGCUUCUCCUAGGGUUUAAAAAAUAUAUAAAAAAAAUAACAGAGCCACUUUAAGAAUGAAUAUCUAGCAUAGAUAACCGCUUAGAAACCCCUGGCCCAGGAGAAUUGAAAUCCCAGCCUGAAUUGUAUUCAUUUAAAAACGAUGCUUACUCCACAAUUCAUUUAAAAGGCAAAAUGACCAUCGAAUCCAAAUGGAGACAAUAAAUAAAUAAUCAAAUCACGGUGUUAAAGGGGGACUGGUAUUUUCCCGGAUUUUCAGUAUUAUCAGGAUUAUUUACUAAAGUGAGCAUUCAAAGUGAAUUCAAAUGAAUUUUAAAUUUAGGGGCCAAAAGAGCAAAAUUGGAAAAAAAAUCUUUGUCUGCUGUGCCUCCGAUUUGUCUAGUUUAGUCUUUGAAAUUCACUUUGAACAGGAAAUAACCCUGUAUGUUCACUUAAAAUUAACAGAUGUGUAUUAGCUGACAAAUAAAAAAUGGAAUAAAGAGAAAUGAACACACGUUUGAGGUCAUUUUAUAAUUUUUUAAUUAAUAAUUUAAUUACAUUAAUAAUCUAAUUAAUAAUCUAAUUUCCAGAGAAGUGACAGUCCCACAAAAAUACACUGGGGUCAAGAAUUUAAUUAAAUUAUUUGAACCUGUAGAAUGUAAGCGCGCUAUAGCAUGGUUUUCAAAAACCUCUUCUUUGUUGUUAACAUUUGUAAUAAUUUGCUUAUUAUUAGCUGUUGUACCCGCCCCCUUAAAAUUGUAAUGCACUACAGAAUAUCUUGGUGCUAUAUUAGCAUAUAUAUACCUGGGAUAUUUUUACCUUGUUCCUGUUCACAUUAAUUAGGGUUUUUCACAAAAGUCUGAUUUGUCAGCCUCAAAGGUGAAAUUCAUUUGAAUUCAAGUUAUAUUCCUGACAUUUCACACUGAACGAUCAACCUUGAAUGUGUUUCACUUGUUUGCUUUUUUUACGUACCUGCUGUAUUUGUAAAGUGCUGCAGAAUAUUGAGAUUUAUGGGGAAUAGUGAUGUCCCGAACUGUUCGCCGAACGGUUCGCGAGCGGUUCGCCACGAACGGUUCGCCACAGACUCAUCACUGAAUGCGUCUGCUGACUGUGAGGUACAGGGUCAAAGUUUACUCAAUGAUGAGUCCGCGGCGAACCGUUCGUGGCGAACCGUGGCGAAUCGUUCGCGAACCGUUUUGCGAACAGUUCGGGACAUCACUAAUGGGGAACACUAUAAAAUAUCUCUUAAACAUAAAAUCUGCAGAAUAAUUGAGGGUUCCAGAAAAAUUAGAAUUCAAUACAAUUGGGACAAUUUUCAUCACACUUUACUUACUUUAAAACCUGCUUUAAAUUAACCCUCUCAUGUUUCAAAAGAUAUGUUAACUACUUACCGUUAUAAUGUCAUGUGUUAUCUGAAACAGAUGCUUUAAGGAGUUUAUUUACAAAAAAACACAAAAUCUAGUGAAGCUAAAAUUUAAUUAAGAAGAAAUUAAAAACAACUAAAUAAAAAAAGAAAAAUCUUGACUCUAACACAGCUCGGCCAUUUCGUCUGAAAUUUAGCAGAGCAUGAGGACAUCCAGCUUUGUUUAAGGGAAAGGGAUCCAGAGUCCUGUAAACUUGCAUAAGCACCUUUAGUAACUGUCUGAUAGACAGUUACUAGACGCUGUCUUAGUAUUUCAAUGUAAACAUUGCAGUUUCUCAAAAACUGUCAUUUUUACAUUACAGAACUAAGGGAGACAGGGAUAUUGCACCCAGACCACUUCAAUAAUCUGAAGUAGUCUUGGUGCCUAUCAUAGGCGUGCGCAGCCUAUUGCAUUAGGGUGUGCACCCUAAAGCACAAGCACAUGCCGCAUAUAUAUAUAUAUAUGUAUGUAUGUAUAUACAUACACAUAUAUACACACAUACACACACUGCUGUGUGUGUGUGUGUGUGUGCUGUGUGAGGGUGCUGUUAGUGUGAUGUGUGUGUGACGAUGCUGGUAGUGUGCUAUGUGGGUGAGGGUGUUUGUGUGUGCGUGCUUGUGAGGAUGCUGUUAAUGUACUGUGUGUGAGGGUGCUGUUUGUGUGUGCACUUGUGAGGGUGCUGUUAAUGUACUGUGUGUGAGGGUGCUGUUUGUGUGUGAGGGUACUGGUAGUGUGCUGUGUGUGUGUUUGUUAGGGUCCUGUUUGUGUUUGUAAGGGUACUGUUAGUGUGCUGUGUGUGUUUGUGAGCGUGCUGUAUGUGUGUGUGGGUGCUGUAUGUGUGUUGGUGCUGUAUGUGUGUGGUGUGCUGUGUAUGUCUGUGGGUGCUGUGUGUGUCUGUGGGUGCUGUAUGUGUGUGGGUGCUGUGUAUGUCUGUGGGUGCUGUGUAUGGGUGCUGUAUGUGUGUGCUGUGUGGGUGCUGUGUAUGUUUGUGGGUGCUGUGUGUUUGUGGGUGCUGUAUGUCUGUGUGGUGGGUGCUGUGUAUGUCUGUGGGUGCUAUGGUGGGUGUAUGUCUGUGGGUGCUGUAUGUCUGUGGUAUGUCUGUGGGUGCUGUAUGUCUGUGGAUGCUGAAUGCUGAAUGUCUGUGGUGUGCUGAAUGUGUGUGGGUGCUGUCGUGUGUGUGCUAUGUGUGUGUGUGCUGUAUGUGUGUGGGUGCUGUAUGUGUGGGUACUGUGUAUGUCUAUGGGUGCUGUGCUGUGUAUGUCUGUGGGUGCUGUGUGUGGGUGCUGUGUGGGUGCUGUAUGUCUGUGGGUGCUGUAUGUCUGUGGGUGCUGAAUGUGUGUGGGUGCUGUGUAUGUCUGUGGGUGCUGAAUGUGUGUGGGUGCUGUGUAUGUCUGUGGGUGCUGAAUGUGUGUGGGUGCUGAAUGUGUGUGGGUGCUGUACGUGUGUGUGCUGUGUGUGUGUGUGUGUGCUGUAUGUGUGUGGGUGCUGUAUAUGUGUGGGUACCGUGUAUGUCUGUGGGUGCUGUAUGUCUGUGGGUGCUGUGUAUGUCUGUGGGUGCUGUGUAUGGGUGCUGUAUGUGUGUGGGUGCUGUGUAUGUCUGUGGGUGCUGAAUGUGUUUGGGUGCUGAAUGUGUUUGGGUGCUGAAUGUGUUUGGGUGCUGUGUAUGUCUGUGUGUGCUGUGUAUGUCUGUGGGUGCUGUAUGUCUGUGUGUGCUGUGUAUGUCUGUGGGUGCUGUGUAUGUCUGUGGGUGCUGUGUAUGUCUGUGGGUGCUGAAUGUGUGUGGGUGCUGUGUGGGUGCUGUAUGUCUGUGGGUGCUGUGUAUGUUUGUGGGUGCUGUAUGUCUGUGGGUGCUGAAUGUGUGUGUUGUGUGUGUGUGUGCUGUAUGUGUGUGGGUGGGUGAUUGUGGGGGGUGGAGGUGGGGGUACAUUAUUUGCUAUCCCCCCUCCCUUCUUACCUUUUGUAGGGAGGGGAGAUCGUGCUGCUGCUUCCUUCCCUGGUGGUCCAGUGAAGGAGGGGAUCCUUUCUGCUGUGAUCCCUGGUGGUCCAGUGGAGAGUGAACUCUAACCCCUGUGGGGCUAGAGUUCACUCUCGCGAGAUUUGAGCGUUGCAGCGGCAACGCUCAUAUCUCGCGAGAGGAACCCGGCGGAGCUGCCGGCAGGAGCUCCGCCGGGUCCUCUCCUGCCUCCCUCCCUGCAUGUGGGUCAGUGGGGAGGGAGGCUGAGAGCAGAGCCGGCGCUCGGAUAGCGCCGGCUCUGCCUGAGCCGACAGGGGAGAUCCUGAGAUCUCCCCUGCCGGUCUCAAUAUGCAUAGGCGUGCCGCGGGAUUAGGGUGUGCCCAGGCACACCCGGCACACCCCAUGCGCAUGGCUAUGGUGCCUAUAGUGUCCUUUUAAUAUGAUGUUUGUAAAAUUGAAGUAUGCAAAUGACAAUGAAGUGGGUCAAUGAAGUGGGUCACUCUUUACAGUUUUGUUUACAAGCAGUGACUAUAAUUGCUUGCUGGUUUUUGUAUUUUAUUUUUAAAUUUUUAAAAAUAGCAUAAUUUGCGUGUGCAGUAUUUUCUUUAAACACGUCUCUACAGGUAAUUACUUAAUUUUCGGACAUGUAGAAGCUAUACUGUAUCUUGUUACAGAAAAUGUAUAUAACAAAUUAAGUUAUUCAAUGAAUUAUUUUUUUCUUCUUCUUCAGACAAUACACAAAAACCCAACACAUACACAUGUGUUUUUUCACUAGAGAUCAAAUGUCCAGAAUAGCAAAAGUAACUCAUGGCCAUCAGAGCAUAUUCAGAGGCAAAAAAAAGACAUUGUUUGCAGUAUUUAACAAUUCUGCCCAAUAUAGUCUGCACUAUAACCUUGAACCAUUGGGCAAUUAAGACCACAACAGUAUUACGCUAUGUUGUAUUUUUUAUUUAUGUGUUAGUGAUACAAGCUGGAUCCCUAUUCCAUAUGUACCAUAUUAUACUUUUUAUAUAGUUACCAUUUUGGGAGGUAACUGAAGGGAAGCAAGUAUCCAAAGUUAAGUUUAACUUUUUAUUCCACGGGUGAUUUGGUGGAAGCUAUUUUGUACAAUAUAGUCUGCAGUCUGAUAUAUUUGCCUGCAGUGCAAGCAGUCAGCAGGCAAAAAGUUUAAGUACACGAUUUAAAAAGGUGGUGUCUGAGCCUAUAUCUUAUUAUAAUACAUGCCUUAUGGGGGUCACCAUGCCCCCGUAUAACUAGCCAGAGGGCCAAAUCCUUUCCUAAAGCUCACUUAUGUGCUCUAUGUUGUGGGAUGGGGUUUAUAAAUAUCUGAUAGGGGUUCUCACCAUACACCAUACCUAUUACGCAGCAGGUGGGGGCUGAAAAAUAUACGACAUGGCUGCCCAGUUCCUUUUCCCCCAUGACUUUAGAGGAGGAAUGGAGGCUACUAAUUUCUCUCUUGAACAAUACUAUAGGGUAAGUGAAUGGUUAAUUGUUCUAGCAGUUGUAGAAUGGAAACUCUCAGAAUCCUCAGCAAGUUUCAGCCUAAUCAUCAUAGGGGUAUGACCUUCGGGAACCUCAGAUGGUUGAGAAAAAAAUUGGAGAUUAUUAACCAGGAGCGGACAGAUAAACAGAAUUUCAGUUGGGAAGAGGAGUUGUUUAACAGGAAGGGAGAUGAGGAACAGGGGUAGGAACGGUUUGAUUGGCUUCUUCAAGAAUAAGAUAAAACACACAAAAAAUGUUCAACAGCGGAGGAUAUGUCUAAAAAUAAUAUUACAUUUGGAUGAAGCAUUGUUCAAUUUUUUUUUUUGCAAAGUACGGCAAAGGAAUCAUAGUGUGCAAAAAAAAAAAGAGUCUUUUAACAGAAGGUCUUUUGUUGAGACGCAAACACAUAAAUAAAGUGUUACAGAAAUAAAAAAAUGGGAACGGCAUCUAUUAGAGCCAGUCCCGUAUAUUGAAAGAAGUAUCAUACUGUGUACGUGAAUAGAUGUGAAAUUCUUCAGUUCUAAUAUUGCGGAGCUUGGCAACUAUAGUAUAUUUAACUUAAACAAUUCAGGUGAGAACACACCAAUAAUUCCUUUUGAAUAAGAUUUAUAAAAACAAAAUGUUAAAUAAUAGAUGCAAUAAAAGAAAGCAUAAAGUACAAUACACAUAUGGUUGGCGAAUGAUCAGGACAGAUUUAGUCCUAAAGAUUUCCCUUAUAUAUAUAUAAAUCUUCCAUGUCAAAUCGGUUGCAACCAUAAUAUCGUCAAAAGUAGCCUUUAAAUUAAUACAUCAAGAAGCUAAAAUUUAAGGAAUAUUUCAUAUGUUAAAUCAACUUAGAGUCAAUAAAACCUACAAUGUAUGCAGAUGAUGUGAUACUCACGUUGAGUGACCCUCUGACAUCCUUGGAAGAGUUGAUGGAUAUCAUAAGUGAGUUUUCAUUAUACGCAAGAUAUAAACUGAAUUUAAAUAAAUCUGCAGCACUCCUGUUUAACAGUAAAAAAGAAAUGAUCUAAAAAAAUUUGGUUUUGACUGCACUAGAAAUUCUCUUGAGUGCUUGGGUAUAGAAAUUACUAAUGAGCCAACUAGAAUGAUGGAACACAACUUGUUAAAUUUGUUGAAAUAUACAAACAAAGCAGCUCUGUCAUUGUUUUUAUAUAAUUUGCAAAGACAUCCAACGGUGAUAUUACCACUUGGGAUCCAGGGAAUGGUGAGAUUUACUUACCUGAACCUGUCCCUCGUGGGUACCACCAUCCUCUUCUUGCUGCUCCUCUUCAGCUCUGUACACACUCGCAUGCGUGAGAGUAGAACAUUGAGGUCUUUGGAGGAUCACACAAAAUCCUGGAUAGAAAGAGAUGGUCACUAGUGAUGUCUAGGAGAAAUGACAAGAUUUGAUGGAAGUAACUUCAUUUGGUUUAUAUUUGUCAGGCAUAGGAAAAUACUGAGAAAAAUUAGUCCCAACUUUUUUUCAACUGGGGUCGUUUUUAUGAAAUAUUCAUAUGGGGAGUGACGGAGACACUUUAAGUGAAGUUGAAAUUAAACUUUUAUUUCUAAGCAAUGAACAAAGAAUACUCGAGGAACAUAAGGUAAGUAUCUGCCUUGAUGUCUCCAACCGCCCUUCAUUGUAGUCCAAAUGUUUUUAAACUUUCUAACUGAUACUCAAACCUUAAAUCUAUAUAUGUUUUGGGAAUAUUAUUGUAAUACAUUGGUUUAGCUUGAUUUCUUGGAACUAAAAUCCUGUUGUUCACUUUUCCUUUUCCAAGUUAUAAUCACUGGUUUGAUGGUAUGGCCUUGAUGCACAAGUUCACAAUUGAGAAUGGAUCUGUGACUUAUAUGAGUAAAUUUCUUGAAAGUGAUUCUUACAAAGCAAAUCAAAGUCAAAAUCGAAUUGUGGUUUCCGAAUUUGGAACAGUGGCCAUGCCAGACUGAGAUCUGCUGUCCACAUUCUGGGUAUAUAUACCCUCCUUGAAGUGAAAAGUGGCAAUGAGACAUCAAUUAAGGAUAGUUUCACAUAGGGCAAAUCGCCUAACGAGUACAUUUGAAAUGCAAAUACAAAUUGCAAUAAAUGCUGAAAAAUAAAUAAUAAAAACUGAAUAAUAAAUAAUAAAAAACAAACAAAUCAUAUUAAAUGUUACUCAAUCAUUCAUGAAUCAUAAAAAUUUUUUUAUACAAUUAAUACCAAACAAUAAACAUAAGAAUACAUAAGGAUAAGUGUCCACCAUCAAACCGGUGGCAUAACCUCCUCAAUAGAAAAAUAUUAAGAGGUAUAAAACUAACACCUGUAGAAUAGAAGUUGCAUGAACCCCAAAGGGCAAUUCAAAUAAUCGGUAAUGUGUAUCCACAACAAAUUUAUAAUAAUAAUUAUAUGGAUAAGGAAAAUUUGGGGGUCAAGAUGCCCAUGUGGUAUAAUACCUUGUGUUUAGACAUUCAUAGGAAAAUAAUAAUUAGAUAAUAAAAGGAUUUUUUUGUGUAUGAAGCAAAUAACUUUUUACACAUUCAUAGCCCUCAAUCGACCAGAAACAUAAAAAAGUAGGAGUGGAUCUUGUGUUGAAUGUACACACUGUUCGUAAUGAAUAUAUAAAUCCCUUAUCUUAACCUUAUAAUCAAUAGUUUUAUAGAGAAUUAGUAGAAAGUGCAUCUAAUGUAUUCUUAGUGUGUCUGGAGGUCGAUAAGACAAAGGACCAGGGAGAGGCCACAUCACUGUUAUCAGAGAAUAAACUAAACUAACUACGUAACAUACGUCUACCUCCCUAUUCUACACAACCACUCACAAAACCAUCGGGAACAUAAAUCAUGGGGAGAAAAUCCAACAAAUGGGAGAGUAUAAAGGUAUCAUGGUGGGGGAGAAGUAAUAUGAUAAAAGCAUACAUAAAUCCAAAGUGGGUCUAUCUCUUUCGCAUGUUACCUCUACACUGUCCAGAAAGUUAGUUGUCCCUGGUCCAAUCGAUUUUUAAUAAGUUCCUUUGGGCAGGGAAACGCCCACGUAUAAGCUUAAAUUGAUUGGCUCUAAAGAUCAACCAUGGGGGCUUGGGAAUUCCACAGUUACAACAAACUUGGAAGGUGUAUAAUAUUGCACAAGCAAUUAUCCCCCAGUCUGGCACGGCAAAGAACCAAAUAUGGUAUAAAAUGGAACAAUUUCUAUAUAACAAAGGGAAGCAGAAGGAGGAAUUAAGUACCUUAUUCUGGACAAAUGGAGAUAAAAGAAAAUAUAGGUAUAGUCUUAACUCUAAUAGUCAAAUUUUAAAUAAUAUAUUAGAAAUGCUCUAGAUGUGCAAGAUAAAAUAAUUUCUAAUAAUUACUACAGGAACCUGCAGUGCCAGGAACACGGAUAUGUUUUCCUGGCACUGGAGAGUCCCUUUAACUCCAAGUAGACUAGCAAAAAUGCAUUUAAAUAUUUCCGACAGAUGUUGGAGAUGUGAUUCUGAUAAUGGAGGGAUGACGCAUAUCUGGUGGGAGUGUGGGUCAAUAUUUCGUUUCUGGAGUAUCGUUGCCAUUAAAAUAAAGAAGCUGACUAAUAUCAAGACAGACUUAUUCCCGAGCAUCUUUUUACUGCAUCUAAAUAUGUAUCAAUUCUUUGGGCAAUUCUUUGCACUAGUUAUACAUAUAUUGAUGGCUGCAAAAAUAUUGGUGGCAAGAAACUGGAGAUCUAUUAAGGUUCCAUGUUGGGACUUAGUUCAAGAACAACUGGUACUGUAUGUCAGUUAAAGAUGAAAAUGGGAAUAGUAUCAACAGAUAGGAAAAGGAUGAAGGAAUGGCUGUUGAAGAUACAACAGACGUAAUUUUUAUUUUUUAAAUCUAACCCCCUGAACACAAUACAAAGUAUAAUAUAGCCUAACAAAAGCAGAUUGGCAACAUGAUAUAUUGAAGUCCUAUCGCAGGAAUAAUUAAGUAGAGCUUUAUAACAUUAAAUGAUGUUUUGUGUUGAGGUGUCUGUUAUGUGAUGUAAUAUUUAAAUUUUGAAUAUGAGCAAUGUGUUAAAAUAAUGGGUAUAGAAGAUAUAUAGAUAUAGCUCGAUUCUAAACAUAUAAACACAUAACUGUGUCUAUGUUGUAGUGUAUGGUUUUGUGAUUGUGUAUUUAUAUAAAAUACUUUCUGAAAAUAAAAAAGAUUAGAUAUGAAAAAAAAGCAUAAAGUAAUCUAAAUGUACAGUAAUUAUGCGCAACAAUAGUGAGCCACCACGUUCCUUAGAGAUAAACUACUACGAUAUAAGUAAAAAAAACAAAACAACAUAUAGUGCAGUCACAUAGCAUAAUGUGAUUUUUUUUUUAGCGAGGACACAGGCUCUCAUUGGGCUAUAUUUGUUUAUUGAUAAUGGAGAUGGUCCUUAAAAUACCCUCAAGACUUUUUAGGGUGCAAUAGAAUUUUAGAAGAUGCGAUAAAUCAACAGUUCCACUUUUAGACUGUAAAUAGAACCAAUAAAUAGAGUAUUCAGAUGUAUAUUUAAGUGUAAACCAAAAACAAAGAAGAUUCAGAAUAUGACUGUGUAAAUCUACAAGAAAGACAUAAAACAAAGCAUAGUGUGAUCACAAAUGUUUUGUUUUAUACCACUAUGUUUUGUUUCAUGUCUUUCUUGUAGAUUUACACAGCCAUAUUCAGAAUCUUCUUUGUUUGUGGUUUACCUUAUAUGAUAUAGGUCGUUUGUUGGGUAGCGACCUAGGGAGGCUGUUACACGUUUUUAUAAGCUAAGUACUAUUGCUUAUCAUUUUAUUUAUUGUUUGAGAUAUAUUCGUAUAUUUAAGUGUAUCUAUUUCUACACCCAUAAGAUUACUUGAUCUAUUUCACCCUUUGUACAUUGCAGCAGAAUAUAAAUAAAUGAUAUUCUGUUUAGUAAUAACCUUUGAUAAUGAAUUAAACAUUUCUAUUAAUGGAUUAUCUGACCUGUCUGUUAUCUUCUUAGAAGUUGUUGGGCUAAGUGGUCACCCUUGUUAACAUGUACAAUUUCAAUAAAUGUUGCCUUUCAUUUCACGGUGAUAUAAAGCACUUGGAUGUGCAUGCACUGCACUAUGCCAACUCAUGUUUUUUCUUUUGAUUCAUUUAGAUUAUUGGAUUAAAGCUGGGUAAUCAAGUUACAUAAAGAGAUAGGGCGAGAUUUAUCAAGGGGUAAAUAGGUGCUAUUUUGGGGUGACACUAAAUAUAGAGGAAUCACCAUGGAAACCAAUGGAAUGUUUCUCAACAUUUAGCACUUUGUGUCCAAUAUUGCACCCAUUUUGUGUUGACAAAGCUGUCCCUUAGUAUACAGUCCAUCACACGGUACAAUUGACACACUGUUUGCAAGAUUAUGUCAUGUCUGUCGCUCAUCAUACGAUCAAGUUAUUACAAGAAAAAAGUAGCAAAUGCUUGGAAGCAAUUUUAGUUUGUUUUUUUUAUAUCACACAGUUAAAAUGCAUUUUUUGUGCACUAAGCCUUAAUCAUGUUUUCAUGCCAUUGUCUUUAUUUUUUAUCAAAGGUCCCUUUCCCUCUGAUGUCAUUUGCACACACAGCACUGUGCACAACAUUGCCAGCCAAGUACUCCGUGCUCUGCCCUGGCAGGCUUAGGACGUAGAACAUAAAUUAAAUUAUACUUCCAAUAAAUACAUGGAACAUGUAUUACUGCUAAUACUGAGGAGUCAAGUACUUCAGAAUGGCCAGUAUAUUGAUUGGUUCCCAGUAACAUAUUAUCACACUGUCAGCCAGGGUUACCUCUGCCUCUCCAGGGUACGAACAUUAGGCAGGGACUAUAAAGGCAAAGAAAGGCGUUUUUCAAAGUUAGAAGAAAUGAUGGAUCUAAUGGGUGAAAGUUAAAAGAAAAAAUUAAUUUACUCCAGAUACACAGCUUUUUAUUACUACCAUCCAUCCUAAGCAUUGUUCGACUUCAUCCCUUAAUUGCGAACCUUCCCAACCCAGUCAAAAAACUCUCCUUCCAGUUUAUCUCCUUUACUGAGAACAACAUAUAUACACGUGCUAAUUUUAAUUUUCCAUUACAUCGCAUGCCGUAAGAAUAUAUAUUUGGUAUGAACACUUGGAAGUGCUAAUAUAUAACAUCCACUAAUAUGAACAUAUCUAUUUUCAAAAUCCAGCAAGAUUUGAGUAUGUGACAACAGCACCUGUUUUGUCUGCAUAAAUCUGUCUCUUCGUGUAUUAAUGCAAAUCUCAGCUUAUUUAGGUUCUGUAACGGAACAUGCAAUGAGUUACUGUGUCUUUAAUCUCCCUGGAGACCCCUGUCAGUCAUUGGAUUAAUGUUUAUGGUUUCCUUCUGGUUACUAGAAGACAUGUAUGCUAUGUGUCCUUCUUUAUUCUAAUCGGAAUUCUACGGGGCUCAACUUUCAGUGGGAGCACAGCCAUCAUUUUUAGAGGACUGAUUUUAAAAUUUGUAAUGGAGUCCCUCGUUCUGACAUGUAAGUAAAAAUAUCAACAAAUAAUUAAAAUAUACUAGCAAGGAAAUGAACCUUGUGACAUAAUAAAUAAAAAUAAAUAUAAACGUAUGUUCAUAAAUUUGGGCACCAUAGGAUACCUAAAAUAAAGCACAAUAAAAUACAAAAAACAUAGUGUGAACCUUUAAAAACAAAUAUAUGGCGAAGGAAUGCGGUCAGAGUUUCACUCACAUGGCCCAGAGCUGUACCAGGCUCUAUAUUAUGUGCUCUAGGGUGCCACAAAUGGUUUAAGGAUCCAAUGUUCCUAAGUACUGUAUGAAGGAUAUUCAUUGUUUUUAAAAGGAUCAAUUUAUUAAAUAAAAUCUAACAAAAAACAUUAUAGUUAAUAUGGGUACUGUCAUACAGUGGUAGUGGGAGCUAAAAUAGCAAAGUCCACAGUAAGUUACACUCACCACCUCCCAGUAACCCAAGAAAUAUAAAGUCCAUGUAGUAGAAAAUAAGGAGCAAACGCGUUUUGACAGUAUAGCCUUCUUCCAGUGCAAAACAUAUGCAUUACUGUUCAGGAUUCAGACUGAAAUAGUUGUAGAUCAUUAACAUUGCUGCUGUUUUAUCCUACAAUGUUCAAUUGUUUUUAAUAUAUUAUUAAAAACAAUAAAAGAAUAAAUAAAUAUAAAUAAAUAAAAAAUGGGCAGUCCAAUGCAUUUCACCCCCUCUUGGGAUUUCCUCAGGGACCCAAACAUUGAGAUAACAUAAGAAUAAAAAUUGCAAACAUAUUCCAAAAGAAACAAUCAAUAUGUCAGAACUAUAUAUCUACUUAAAUCAGCCCUGCGCUAAGAUUAGGGCCUCCAGCGCUGCAUCGAGUUACAGUUUAACUAUACUACGUGUGACAUUACUCACCGCACAAUAUGCGAUUUGAAAAUAUGAUCUGCACAUGGAAACAAUGGACAGGUCAUUCCCACCACAAAAGUAUCUGUUAAAAUGUGGUGAGAUUGGGUAGGAAUAUGAGAUCGACAUAAAUCAUUAAAAAAUGAAUUAAUGUAUUUUGGUGUUUAUUCACUAAAUAGCAAGCCCUAGUGAUGAAUAUACGUGCAAGAUUUAGUAUAAAAUAGUCUAGCUAGAUAAAAUUUUAAGUUAAGUCAUUUUGGAUCUUGUGCAACUUUGACGUAACUUCUCCAUUUUUGGGGGGAGUAUUUUGUUGGUUGGUUGUCAUACCAAUCAUGGACAGACAAUAAUAUCGCUGUCUAGCUAGAUUUACUACCAUGCAAUAUAUUUCUGCUCACCGAGGGGGCCUUAGUAAAUUCAAUGAACGCAGCUGUUAACUUAAUGAAUUUGCACAGUUUUUCACAGUUUGAGGACAAAAAUGAAGAAGCCCCGUUUGUCAAUUUGCAUUGGUUACAUGCAGGGAAAACUAAUUUUAGCAUGAAAUAGAACAGCAUUUAAUCCUUCUGUUAUAAAAAGACAGCACAGUCUGCUGAUAUUCCUUCAGGAAGUGGGACAGCAAUCCCUUCUCUGGUGACAUAUCGGACUCUUAAUAAGUUCCCUCUCCAGUGUCUUAUUUCAUGAGAGCAGCAAGUUUGUACUUACAGGAAUCCCCGAUGCUCCAGGUCUUUUUAAUAGUCAGUUAGAGAAAAGGACGUAUGCCAACCUGACUUGUGUGCCAAAAGCUGGGCACAGGUGACCAACUGGGGACAGUGGGACAGAAGUUGCAAAGCAUAAUACAGAUUAAGAACAGCGCUUUGUGACAAUAUCCCAAUGAGUGACACCAAAUAAAAUGACAAAUACUCAAAACACCUUAUGUGGGUUUUCCCUUUAUCCCCACAUAAAAACAGAAAUAUACAUACGAUAUAAGGUGGAGUAUAUAUACAAUAAUUCUUCCAGUGAUAGAUGAAAUAAAAUUAUCCUUGUAGGAGUUAUCUCUAAAAUAUAAACAUAAAUAAAAAUAAAUAGUGCAAUAUAGCCAAUUCACGGUAUAGUAGUGCAAUAUAUAUGGAAGGUAAAGCACUCACAAACACGGAGCCAAUGUAAAGGCUCAAGGAUGUAGCUCUGUGGGUACUAAAGGGACCCACUUCCUUCUUGCUACUGUCUGUACUAUCCAAGUAUAGGAUGUCCUCUCAGGAUGUAGCAAAAAUAAAGUACUUUAUUUGAAAGUGCACAACAGUAACAUAAAAUACAUUAAAAUAAAUGGAAAACCUUACAGUCUUGAAGGUUGGUCCUUGUAUAAGGUGCAAAACGCGUUUCGCCUAGUUUGGAGGCUUCCUCAGUUGCUGGCUUGUGUUGUUAGGUGAUUCAUUUUAAAUGUCCUCCCCUUUGGCGGUCUUUUUCGGCGUUUCUAGCCAUCCGUGAGUUCGUCCCACUUCCGCUUCUGGUUUCGGCCUUUGCGGUCCAUCCAUGGAACGCAAGCGUCACGUGACGCGCGGGCGUCACGUGUCACGCUCCUGAACGUUCACAUGUGACUCAAAGCUCCGGUCCUCCAGAAAAUAGUCUCUCCCCAGAUGGGUUCAUAUCACAGUCUAUCUCAAAAUAAAUAUAUUCCAUAUACUUCCUAUGAUAUGUUAGUCCUUUUCCCUCUUGGUAAAUACAUAAGGUUUUUAGUCUCUUAUGACAGUAUGUUAAUUUAUAAAGAACAAAUAGCAUCACUAUGAAUAAAUUAGGACCGGAUAAAAAAUUAUAAUAUUUUAAAAUUAUAAGGAAUUAAAAUGAAUCACCUAACAACACAAGCUAGCAACUGAGGAAGCCUCCAAACGAGGCGAAACGCGUUUUGCACCUUAUACAAGGACCAACCUUCAAGACUGUAAGGUUUUCCAUUUAUUUUAAUGUAUUUUAUGUUACUGUUAUGCACUUUCAAAUAAAGUACUUUAUUUUUGCUACAUCCUGAGAGGACAUCCUAUACUUGAAUACUACAGACAGUAGCAAGAAGGAAGUGGGUCCCUUUAGUACCCACAGAGCUACAUCCUUGAGCCUCUACAUUGGCUCCGUGUUUGUGAGUGCUUUACCUUCCAUAUAUAUUGCACUACUAUACCGUGAAUUGGCUAUAUUGCACUAUUUCUUUUUAUUUAUGUUUAUAUUUUAGAGAUAACUCCUGCAAGGAUAAUUUUAUUUCAUCUAUCACUGGAAGAAUUAUUGUAUAUAUACUCCAGAUUAAGAACAGUGCACAUGUAAAAAUACAGUUUUAAAUAUUUUUAGGAAGAAGUUGCAAAUCGGGAUUAUCCCAUUUCAUCUGGUACAUAAUACGUACAGUACAUAUUCUUUCACACACUCAAACACAUACCCCAACCAUGGUGUAUAUAGAAAACACCUGGUAAAGAGAGGAAUUUGCUCUCUUUUCGCACAAAUGGGUCUACAGCCCUUUAAAUCGCAAUCCAUACUACUCGAAAGUACAUUCAAUUAACAGAAUGUGUCUGCUGGAUAAACCAACGAAAGUUACAUUUUGAAUCGCUUGUAUUAAUUCCAGGCUACGGAUAAUGUAUUUCCUUGAUUAUGCUUGAAUUAUUCUCAUAGUUUUGAUAGUCACUUGGCUAAAUUCUCUGGAGAUAGGAUGCAGAAUUCUCCAACGAUUUGUUGUAGAUGUUUGUCUUUGAAAACAAGUUAAAUGCCUCCGUUGGGACCCGGGCUUCCUGCUAGGUUUUGUACUUGCUUAAGCCAAGAAUUAGAAUUCUUUAUACACAGAAAUUGCCUGGAAUAAUCUACAGGAUUAAUAAUUACAUGAUAACGUGCAUUUAAAAAUAAUAUGUAUUAAGUCUUUUAAAUCAAAAUCAAGGGUUUUGUAAGAACUAUUUAGGAAAGCCAGUUACCUAUCUAAAUAAACUGAUAGGAUAAAAUAUAAUAAGUUAUAUUAUAGUAACGUAUUAUCGUAUGGGAAAGUAUUCUUAUGACUAGAUUAAAAUCUCUACUAACACACUUUAGUAAAUAUCACUCUUUAUUUUCUUAUAAUUUUUCAAGCACUUAAGAUUCUUGAACAAGGCAGAGAUAAAACAUAAUUUACAAUUGACCCUAAAAGAGACACUAAAAGCGUGUUUACGUGAUCCGAUUCGUGACAGCUCUUUGCUUUGUUCCAUUAACAAAAUCAUUUCCUUCAUUCAUUAAUAUAAUAUUUCCAUUAAUAUGUAAGUUCUGAAUUCAUUCAUUCCAAAGAUUUCCCUUGAUACAUAUUGCUUGCUUGAUGUUGUUCCUAGACAAGUACAAAGUAACUGCUCUUUAACUGAUCCAUUUCAUUACCUAUUCUAUUCAUUUUGUGGGGCACUGGAAAUACGAUUGUAUGAAAGACAUCUUAAGAAGACUGGACAUCAUAAACAUCCCCCAAAUCUGCUACUCAUUUUAUUGUCUAAAUUUAAAUAUUUACAUCACAACAAUUCAGUUGAAAUUCUAAUUGUAGAUUUAAAAUUCCAUUGCGUUCAUAAUGUCAUUGUGUAUAAUGAAGAUGCUAGGGCAAGCUUAAAGGGACACAAUAGUCACCAAAGCAACUUUAGCUUCAUUAUUAUUAUUAUGUUAUUAUUUAUAUAGCGCCAACAAAUUUCGUAGCGCUUUACAGUGGGUGGACGAACAGACAUGUAGUUGUAACCAGACAAGUUGGACACACAGGAACAGAGGGGUUGAGGGCCCUGCUCAAUGAGCUUACAUGUUAGAGGGAGUGGGUUAAAGUGACACAAAAGGUAAGGAUAGUAUUAGACUAAUGGCAGUUGCAAGAGAGGAAUCAGUCGGGAACUAUUAACAGUUUAAUUGAUAGGCUUUUAUGAAGAAGUGGGUUUUUAAUGAUUUUUUGAAGGAGUGGAGACUGGGUGAGCAUCUAACGGAGGAAGGAAGGGAGUUCCACAGGAAAGGUGCAGCCAUGGAGAAGACUUAAAGGCGAGCAUCAGAGGUGAGAGUACGGACAGAAGAUAGACGUAAGUCUUCAGCAGAGCGUAAGGGCCUAGACGGGACAUAUUCAUGAAGCAGUUUUAGUGUAUAGAUCAUUCCUCUGAAGUUUCACUGCUUAAAUCACUGCCAUUUAGGAGUUAAAUACCAUUUGUUUCUGGUUAUGCAGCUCUAACCACACCUCUCCUGGCUGUGACACAGACAACAUGAAAACAAAAUGGUUUCAUUGUCAAUCAAAUGUCAACUUACUCUAAACGUAUUCACCUCCUACUCUGUAAAUUGAACUUUAAUUACAUAUAGGAGGCACAUGCUGGGUCUAGCAGGCUAUUAACAGAGCAAAAGAUAAGUAAUUUCUAAAUUAAACAUAAUUUACAAUAAAGGAAGUCUAAACAUUAGAUCUCUCUUUAUAGGAUGUGUUUAGGAAGGCUGUGUAAGUCACAUGCAGGGAGGUGUGGCUAGGGCUGUAUUAACAAAGUGAUUUAACUCCUAAUUGGCAAAGAAUUGAGCAGUGAGACUGCAGGGCCAUGAUCUAUACAACAAAACCACUUUAUGAAGCUAAAGGUGUUUUGGUGACUAUAGUGUCCUUUCAAGCUUGUGUGGAUCAGAACUAGAAGACUUAAAUUAUUAUUAUUAAUAUAUUAUUAUUAACAAUAAUAUAUUAUUAUUACUAUAGCACCAACAUAUUCAGUAGUGCGGUACAAAUAUAGAAUGGGGAUAUUUAGAGGUAAAGAAGGCCCUACUCAAACAAGCUUGAAAUCUAUGAGGAUUUGAGGUAUAUAUAUAUAUAUAUAGGAGUCUUGUCUAAGGACAUUUACUGUUGAAGUGGUCAGAGCGCAAUACAAACCCGGGUUUUUCCAAUUCUAAGGUGAUAACAUUAACACAGCUCUAACCAGCCGAUAUAUGGUAAGUAUGGUAUUACCUAAAUUUCUAUUUGAAUUUAUAUGUUUUGACUUGCAAGCACACAUUCUCAGUGGCAACACCUGCAAGUCCCUACACAUCAGCACUAACACACUUAUAUGAGAUCAGGUAAAUGUGUCACUGGCAGCAGGUGAUGUUUUAAAGGAACACUAUAGUCACCUAAACAACUUUAGCUUAAUGAAGCAGUUUUGGUGUAUAUAUCAUGCUUCUCAGUGUUUCAUUGCUCAAUUCACUGCCAUUUAGGAGUUAAAUCACUUUUCUGUUUAUGCAGGCCUUGCCACCUCUCCUGGCUCUGACUGACACAGCCUGCAUGAAAAAAAAAACUGGUUUCACUUUCAAUCAGAUGUAAUUUACCUUAAACAAUUGUAUCUCUUUCUUUGUAAAUUUAGCUUUAAUCACAUACAGGAGGCUCUUGCAGGGUCUAGCAAGCUAUUAACAUAGCAGGGGAGAAGAAAAUAUAAAUUAAACAGAACUUGCAAUAAAGGAAGGAUAAACUUUAGAUGACUCUUUACAGGAAGUGUUUCGGAAGGCUGUGCAAGUCACAUGCAGGGAGGUGUGACUAGAGUUCAUAAACAAAGUGGUUUAACUCCUAAAUGGCAGAGAAUUUAACAAUGAGGCUGCAAGGGCAUGUUCUAUACACCAAAACUGCCUCAUUAAGCUAAAGUUGUUUUGGUGACUAUAGUGUCCCUUUAAGGUGAUGGGGCAUCAAAAUCCUCCCCCAGAAUUUUACUAUUCCCCAUAUAGUACAGAGAUACUCAUGCAAUAUAGAGAGCUGGGUGUAAUACAGAGAUGCCCAUACAAUAAAACAAGCUGGGCACAAAAUAAAUAUAUCUAUAAAAUACACACAGCUGGGUACAAUACAGAGAUAGCCAAACCACAAACAGAGCUGAGAAAAAAGUAGAGUUACAAUACACAGAGCUGGGCACAAUACAAAGAUACUCAUAGUCUCCAACAAUUUCACCUAGUCCUGAUUUGGUAUUAGCAUUCGACACAUAAUCUACACAGGGUUAAAAGGAGCAGGACCCUGAUUGACGCCAUAUUACCGGAGCAGAUGGCAAUAUAAUUACUAUGUAGUGGUAAUACGGAGCCAAGGAAUACUUGACAUGGUUAACAUAAUCAAAAAUUAUUACAGAUUAAAAUCAGAAUCAGAUCAGUCCUCAGAGUCACAGCCCAAGUCCUGCAGUUUGAAGCAUCACAACUUUUCAACUAGCUACAGCAUGAGUGUCUCAGGUAUCCGCAGUAGAGUGGCUGAGCACUUUAAAUAAGAUAGUGGGUAUGUGCAGUAGGAGUUAGUAAAACUAUUAAUGACAAGCAGCAUAGUGCUCUGUGUGAAAAAAUGUUCCCUUCCCCUUGUCAUCCCUGGACUUUCCUUGCUUUAUCUAUAUUAAUUAUAUAUUUGAGUAAAUUCCAUUGAAUAAUCAGCCCUCAUGCAGUCACUGGGGCUAUUGGGGGAGAGAAAAAGUUAAAGGCACACUAUAGUCACCUUAACAACUUUAGCUUAAUGAAGCAGUUUUGGUGUAUAGAACAUGCUCCUGCAGCCUCAAUGAUCAAUCCUCUGCCAUUUAGGAGUUAAAUCCCUUUGUUUAUGAACCCUAGUCACACCUCCCUGCAUGUGACUUGCACAGCCUUCCAUAAACACUUCCUGUAAAGAGAGCCCUAUUUAGGCUUUCUUUAUUGCAAGUUCUGUUUAAUUAAGAUUUUCUUAUCCCCUGCUAUGUUAAUAGCUUGCUAGAUCCUGCAAGAGCCUCCUGUAUGUGAUUAAAGUUCAAUUUAGAGAUUGAGAUACAAUUAUUUAAGGUAAAUUACAUCUGUUUGAAAGUGAAACCAGUUUUUUUUUCAUGCAGGCUCUGUCAAUCAUAGCCAGGGGAGGUGUGGCUAGGGCUGCAUAAACAGAAAAAGUGAUUUAACUCCUAAAUGACAGUGAAUUGAGCAGUGAAAUGAUCUAUACACUAAAACUGGGGAAUGAUCUAUACACUAAAACUGCUUUAUUUAGCUAAAGUAACUUAGGUGACUAUAGUGUUCCUUUAAUAUUACAUACUUACAUUUGGAGCCAGGAGCUGUGGCUGUUGCAGAGCUCUCUGUGUGUUAUAUCCGCUAUGGCUUCUAGCUUCUCUAUUCUGUAAUCACUAUUACCCCGCCCCUUGGUGCUAUCAGCCAAUGAUGGCUCUGCAAUAGAGAGGCAAAUAGAAUGUCUCCACUCUGGGGCUGCUGUCUCUGUUACCCAAAUAACAACUUAAUGAAAAUUCCUUAUUAAAGGACACUAGGCAUGUGCAAAACCUGCUGAAACAGGGCAGAUUUCUAACCAGCCCCAUUGUUUUGACAUUCCUAGAUGGUACCAAUGAGGGAGUAGGGUCCCUGCAGAACUGAAAGCGUGAAAGUGACACCAUUUUUUUCCCCAUAGUUGUUUGGCUUACUGCCCUCCCCAUCCAGAAAAAUAAUUUUAGCGUUUCUAAACUGCUGCAAAUAAAUGUUUUCCCCCUUUUAAAAAACAGAGUUAAAAAUAGGUUUCACAACAUGAUGAAAAAGGUGGACAUAAACCAGUUGUGACACUAGGUGGCGUUAGCAUCCCACAGAUUUUCUCAUUAAUGAUGUUAUCAGACAGAUACUGCAUGGCUCUUGAUCAGUUCCUCUCUAUGUUAACGCUAUACCCUGUACCUACCUGCAGCUAUAUUCAUUGCCCAAACCUGCCUUGCCCUUGAGGUGUCGGUAGGGAAGAAUAAUCAGAUUAAGGCUCGUAAUGGGACGGAUAUUACGCUGCCCUGCACAUUCGCAUCCUGUAUUGGGUUUGAAGAUGUGACGUUUUCCUGGACAUAUAGGACAGACAAUGACACAUUCAAGGCAGAAGAAGUGAGUAUAUACUGAAUAAAAUACACAAAAUUAAAUCUGACAAAAAUAUUUAAAUAAGUGAGCGAAUUAAAAAAAAGAAAAGUUUUUCCCUUUUGUACUUAUACUAACUUCGACACCUGAAAAAAAAAUAAAAAAAAUAGUAACUCAGAUUGAUUUAUUAGUCCUGAUUAUUAAAAAUCCCCAAUAAGUCUAGGAUUGCAAUUCAAUUUUGGAAGUUAUUGCUUUAAUCGACUUUAAUGUUACAACCCUGACCUAUUCACCAAGUCUUACCUGAUUCUUCUUUGAAUGUGUAACAUUAUCCCCAAAUAGUUUCAGGAAAUCUUUUCUUUACCCCGUUCCUAUUUUUCCUACUUCACUAAACAAUUUUCUUCUCCAUUCCUCUUUCAAUUUCAUUAUCUUGCUAUACCUUCCCUGUUGAACUUUUCCUGAAUCAAUCUGUGCUAUAUUUUCACCCUACGCCAUGACAGUUUUGUUCCUCCGGUUUCAUUUACUACUUUAAUAUCUCUUUUCCUUACAGCUCUAUAAGGGGACCCUAAAAAACAAGAAGUCAAUGCCCAAGUCUGUGCCAAUUCUAAACAUAAAUGAACGGAUGGAUCGGGUGGAACUGAUUCCUAGCAACAACACCAAAGAUUACAACUUGUCCUUGAUCUUGAAGAAUGUCGAUUUUAGUGAUGCUGGCCGGUAUACCUGUAUAGUGACUAACAAGAAGGAGAAAAAUGCUAGCCAUAAUGCUACCGUGUACCUAACUGUGGUGGACAAGUGUGAGUGUCACUGGUCUGUUCCAUCAGGGGCAAAUUAAGUACUAGUAAUCAUGUCCUCUCUGUGUUACAGAGGAUUCUUCAAACAUUGCAGCAGAAAAUACGUUAAGAGCGUAGAGGUUAAAAACCCCAAAGUGGCCUAGCAAAGUGAUCAAAGCAGGUUAACAAGUUGUGUUUUAGAGAACAGAGAUGUUCUUUUCUAAAACACUUUGUUUUUAUAAAAUAUGAAUGGGAUACGGUAUGAAAUAGUUGAAAACAUUUGAACAGUGUUCCAUUGUAGGUGGGUAUUGUUAUGGAAGCAAACUCUCACACCUCUUGGAUGCCUCUAGUGAGUGUUGUGCUAUGUUACCUUGGACAGCUACUCACUCCCAUGAGAGCAAGCCUCUCGCCUAGUCACUACCGACCAUGUGACUAGAUGAUAUACCAUCCCGCUCAGGCUUGUCCAGUUUAUGUACAUUAUAAAUCGAUAGAUAGACCAUGCACUAUAAUCAGGGGUAAGCAACCUUCGGCACUCCAGAUGCUGUGGACAUCUACCCUGAUGCUUUACCAGCAUUAUGGCUGUAAGAGCAUCGUGAGAGAUGUAGUCCACAACAUCUGAUGUGAGGAAGGUUGCCUAUCACUGCACUAUAUAUAAGUAGAUAGUCACUGUUUAGAAAACCCUGUACAGUACAGCUUCCGUGGGUACCUAUCAGGGCAGUUUUAAGGUUGUUAGAAUAUUCUGCUCUGUAUCACUGGCCUAUAGUAUAAUUUGUUCAUUUUAUUAGUACAUUUUCCUACACCUCUUGUUUCACUGUCUUUUCAGCAGCAUUUGCUUCUAUUGAUCCAACAGAGAUUGUUGAGGCCUGUUAAAAUUGGCUCCAUUCUUCUCUUAUCAGGACUCUUUCAGGUCUACACUCCAUUGUGUUUCCUGGCCUGUAAACACUGUUUUUAUAUAAACGCAGGUUUGACUCCAACAAAUCAGUAAUUGUUCCCACUGCAUUCGGCAUUGUCUGGUGUUUGUGAGUAAGUGGAAUAACUAGUGAGGAAACCAUCACCUGUUGCUCAGAUUACUGAUCAGAUAGCACCGCAUGUGAAGGGUCUUCUCAUGGCUCACUAGUGCUCCCUGGUGGUGCUAGGAGGAAGGGCAGAUUACUUACCGGGGAAAUUUCUGCAUCCCAAGCUGGGGACCAGAAACCCUGCUCCCAUUAAAUUAUGUAACAUAUCUAUUGUGAAAAUGGAAUGUUGAAUUCGAGUCAAUAAGUCUGAGAGCUCCCUUUUUACCUACCUAUUGUUUUAUGUAUCUCUUUGUAAUCCGUGGCACUGACCAGUCCACUACCUCUUGUUAAUCACAUCGGUUGAUGUUUCAUGAAUUCUUUGACCCCCUGUGUAUCACACCAUCUCGUUUUUACUGAGUGUUGUCCAGUUUUCCUGUGUUGUAUCAGAUCAUUAGACUCAUAUGAUGGUUCAAAGUCUACUAGAAUAAUAGUCCCUGGCCUUAUUACUGUUAUACUAAUUGUGUAUACUAAUGGUUCAGACUUUUGGAACAAUAUCAUAUGAGCACUUUUGAAAUAUCUCAUUGUGUAUUUCCUUGAACAGAUCCACUAAAUUUAGGACUUCACUAAACCUUACUGCCAUCUACGCUCACAGUUUGUCUUUUAAACUCAUGUAUCAUGUAUCAUGUCUUCCUUAUUCCAUUCUUUUUGUGCGUUUUAUGCCAAACUAUCGAAGUUUUGUAUUUCAUAUGCUGACUCCAUGUCUCCUUCUGCAGUUGAAGUUGUGGACAACACCCUAACUCUAAUUAUUGCUAGUGCCGUUGGUGGUGUGAUUGGACUUCUUAUAUUAAUUCUGGUCAUGAAGAAGAUUAUUACCUUCAUCAUCAAGAGGAACCAGGACAAGAAGUGAGUAUUGAUGGGGGUGUAUUUGUGUAGGAGGUGGCAUUAUGGUUGUAGGUGUGGGGUUGCAUAUUUAUAUGAAAGUUACAUGCAGAAAGGGGAGUUGGGUCAGCUUUAGAACAUGCAUUCAGAGGAAUCUAGAAGGUUGACUAUCAAUCAGAUUUCUGGUAAUAAUGCAAAGAUGUCUUAUUUGCUUUUGUUCGUAGGAAGGACUGUCUUGUGAGCUCAUCUGUCAAUGAAAAUACAGAUAAUGCUUCCAAACCUGAAAGCAAAGCCAAACCUAAAGCAUAAAGUGUGAGAUAUUCAGAAUAUAAACCCACGACCGGCCUGAAAUGGCAGAAUGGACCUUGGAAUUACCCCAAAGCUUGAGCGAUUCUGCUAGAACCGGAACCUAGAAGAGUUGCAAAGCAUCCCACAUAGUAAUUUCAGACACCUUCUAAACUAAUUAUACUACAUUAUAACAGUGAACUAUGCUAGUAUAAACAUUGUUAAUGGAUUUAUGUGGUGAAUGCUCCUAUACAAUUCUCUGUAAACGUCAACCUGUGGGUCUUUUGUUCAUACAAGGUGGGAGGGGUAAAUAUCUCAUAAAAGUUGGGGAAGCAUGGCAUCAUUACUGCAGUGUAACUGGAUGCUUGCCCUCAACUAAACAGGUAAUGUGGGGGAAGUUAUAUUCACUUUACACUCUAUCCUUGCACCAGUUUUCUAUGCAUGAGACUGAGGUCUUGGAAGAACAAAGCCAUCAAAGAAGCAGUUAAAAGGGCAGUGAUCACAAUUAUUUUAACAUAGUAUUUGCCGGUUAUAUGUCACGGUGUAGAAGGGUACACCUUCGAAUAUAUUUCAAUUUUCUUUUCCUGUCCAUUUGUAUUUUUGUGAAGUUGAUAGGGAAGAAUUUGAUGUAUUGAGAAAUGACGGAGACUGCAGUGAUUAACUCUGAGGAUGGUUUGUUCCCGUCUGCAAGUAUGAAUCAUUAUUCUGCCGGCUUUCAUUGCUGCAGGGUUUGACGCCAAACAUAGCUAAAGUCUCAAUAGCUAUUACUGCCGUACCUCACCCUGCAGACUGGCAAUACCAAUUGAGAAAAUAUUUAAGAAGCAUUAUAAAUGUUAUUAUGUCCAGUCCUGGAAACAAUAAGGUUUUUGAUGCCAAAGAUUUGGGACAUUUUAAUUUAACUUUUAUUAUUUUUUUUUGUACAGAAGUACCACACAAAGGCACAGUAGUGCAACUCUGGGGUUCACAAAAGGGACAAAACUUUGUGGUUAGAAUCUGGUAUUUCUGCCAGAAUUGUUCUUACAUAGAGCUUUUAAUGGAAGAAAAAAAGUUUAUUCAAUUUUGUUAAGAACUUAUAUAUAUAUAUAUAUAUAUAUAUAUAUAUAUGUAGUCUUAUGUUUCACACAUAGCACACAGGGAAAUCACGUUGGGUUAGAAGCCAAUUAAGAAUUCUAAAUGUUCCGGAAUAUUAUUGUGAUGCAGCCUUUAUUUUUUUUUUUUACAUUACGGCCUCUUUAACCUUUCCUGAUACAUAAUAAACUGUUAAACAAUAUGAAUGUUUCUAUAAAAAGCACACUAUAAAGAACUUGGAAACGUAGCCACAAUAUUUCUAGCAAAUCUUCAGGAUCUCCAACCCUCACUAGUACAAGUUUUAGGAUCCCUUCACGUACGCUUAGACAACUCUAUUAUUUAUUUUGACUCAUAUUACUUGUUUACUCAAGAUAUUCAUAUUCAAACCCUUCCUGAAAAUACUGCAAUUUUAUUAAUGAUAAGCUUUAUUUGAAGCACAUGAGGCUUUUACGUUAUUGUCACGCCUUUGUGUUCUGGUUUUAGUCACACCUCUAAUUCAGAAUGUCCAUGAGGACAGUACCUCUUCUCGAAUUCUCUCUCUGCUAUUUUUUUUUUUUCCUCCAUUUUCUUUUUUUUUGCUGCCUGCAUAUAAAAUGGCUUCUAGUCUAUGACUGGGCAAUUGUCCUCUCUGCAGUGUUUACCCUUGCGCUGUCCCUGCUUCCAUGAUGAAUGUAAUAAAAUCUUAAUAUUUAUAAGUUGUUAUGUGUUACAGUCAUCUGACUCCGGUUUUGGUUAAACAUUUACAAUUGCUGUCAGCAAGGGUUUUUGGUUGAAUUAGGAACAUCUAAGAACUGUGGAUUGCUGGACAAAAUAAUCGAAGUGGUUGGUGUGUACUGGGAUGUGUGGUUUCA